UAAGGUUUUAGUAUUUUACCAUUUACCUGGAGAAAUUUAGUAUAUUAUAUAGUAUAUAGUAAAUUGCACAAUUGUGGGUAAUUGAAUUUUUUCUCUCCCAUAUGUUUAUUAUUUCAAUAUAUGAUUAUAUUAGAAGUUGAAGAUAAAGUAUCAUCAAAAUUUUCCACCACCUUGGGGUGGUUGAAACUGGUCUGCAGUGACUCAACAAUGUAUUUAGAUCUUGAUACAUAAAGCUGCUCAUUAAAAAACAUCAUGUCCUCUCAUACUAGUGACGAAAAGACUUUUCCAAUUCCUCGCUCUACUUACUUGGGUAACAAUUCUCAAAAUUCAAAUGUGGGUUUUUCAAAUUUGGAACCUACUGCUCAAGAAUUUUACCCUGCAAGUGCAGGCUUCCAUAAUGGAGCCGUUAAAAAAAGACCACAGCAGCAGUUCUACAAUAGAAACAGGAUUAGGGAAAAUGGAAGAGGACGAAAUAGGUUUGGCACUGGUCGAACAUUCAAUGGUUUCAGAAAUGAUUACAGUGCUGGUCACAUGAAGGGCAGAAUAUCCUACAACAAUAGUAGUGAAAAUUCAGAAGAUAUAAAUAAGGAGGGACAUUAUUUACAAUCAACUGAAGAAAAAAUGUUUGUAAACAAUCUAGACCAAUACUCAACUAAACAUGUGACUUCUGCUGAUAAUAAAAAUCUGGGAGAGUCCAGUUUUUCACAAAAUAGGUAUGUGGAUAGUCAAAACAAGUCUACUUCAGGCUCUUCCAGGUCAUUCAGAGGAUAUGGGGGAAAUUCAGAAAAGUCAAAAAGAAACUUCAACUCGAAUAAGAAUUUCGAGAGAAACUUCUAUGAAAACACCCACCAGAAUUACCAUAGAAAUCUUCAGUCUUCUGAAAAGUUUCAACAAAAUUCUGAAAAGUUCUGUCAACCUCAUGAAAAAUCCUUCCAAAGUUAUGAUCAACCUCCUGAAAAAUUCAGCCAAAAUUAUGAUAGAUAUUUGCAACGAAAUGUUGAGAAACCAAAAUUCAAUUAUAGGGAUAAAGGCAGAAAAUACGGAAACGGUAACUUUUGUAGAUAUGAUGGUAAUAAUGUUUUUUCUGACAAUAAGAGGAAUCAAAAUAUGCCAGACCAUCAGACAGACUAUAAAUGGGGUGACAGUGAAUUAAGAGAUCAUGUAAAGUUGAAUCCAUUUAAAAUGGGUUUCAAACCUCAUUUUGAAAAUAGGGCUAAUAAUAAAACUGAUGAAGGAGGAUCUUCAAAUGAUUGGAGAAAAUCCAGAACUAAUGAUGAAAAAACUUCGAAUGAAAAGUCCAAUAAAAAACUUGAUGCAGCAUCUCAAAGAGUGAGAUUGGUGGAAAUGUUGUCUCGUCGUAUUUUAGAAUGCCUGGUUUGUUGCGAAAAAAUUAAAAAUAGUGACAAAGUUUGGUCGUGCAUACUUUGCUAUCACAUUUUACACCUUCACUGUGUAUCUGCUUGGGCGAAAUCAUCUAAAAUAGAAAACAGUUGGAGAUGUCCGGCAUGUCAAAAUGUCUGCUGUGAAUUACCUGAACAAUACAAAUGUUACUGCGGUAAGAUGUUAGAACCUAGAUACGAAGCUGGUACUAUACCGCAUGGCUGUGGAGAAAUGUGCCUGAGAAAAGGCCGUACAUGUGAACAUAAAUGUACUAUAUUAUGCCAUCCAGGACCUUGCCCAGAUUGCACAAUAAUGGUUGCAAAACCCUGUGGCUGUGGGGCAACAAAACCGAUAGUAAAAUGUAGUAAUGAUGUAGAAAUUGUUUGCGACUCGCUUUGUAAUAAAACAUUAGAAUGUGGUGCACAUAGUUGCAAAUCGAAAUGUCAUUCCGGACUAUGCAGCCCUUGCGAAGAGACUAUCAUUCAAGAAUGCUUUUGUGGCAAAGAGGGAAGGAAGGUGGCUUGCUGCGCAGAAUAUAAGGGUCAAACUCAUUAUAACUGUGGAGAAGUAUGUGACAAAUUGUUAUCGUGUGGCAACCAUAACUGUCAAAAAAUAUGUCAUGAUGGACCCUGCGAUGUUUGUGUCCGAGAUGUUGAUGCUGUUCAAACUUGUCCUUGCGGGAAGACACGUCUGCUGAAGCCAAGAACAUCUUGUUCUGAUCCGAUUCCAUGUUGUGAUAAGAUUUGUGGAAAACCUUUGAAAUGUGGCCAGCCUAAUAACCCUCACAGGUGUGAACAAUAUUGUCAUGAAGGAGACUGCCCUCCUUGUCCAUUGACUACCGUUGUCAGAUGUCGUUGUGGCAACAUGGACAAGGAAUUGUCCUGUCUAAAACUGACUACCAAGGCUGAUGAUGCUAGAUGUGAAAAAAAAUGUAUCAAGAAACGGUCUUGUGCUAAACACAAAUGUAAUCAACGCUGCUGUAUAGAAAUCGAACACAUCUGUCCUCUUCCAUGCAACCAUCAACUGUCGUGUGGUCAGCACCGUUGUGAACGUACUUGCCAUUCUGGAAGAUGUCCUCCUUGCAUGGAAACCAGUUUUGAAGAGCUCUACUGCGAAUGUGGAAAAAGCGUUCUUUUCCCACCCAUUCCCUGUGGUACCAAACCGCCCAGUUGCAGUGAACCAUGUUCCAGACAGCGACCAUGUGGUCAUGAACCAAACCAUUCUUGUCAUACCGGUCCCUGUCCUCAGUGCACCGUCUUGUCCAAAAGGUGGUGCUACGGAAAACAUGAACAACGGGCAGCAAUUCCCUGUCAUCAGCAGAAUUUCAGUUGUGGUUUGCCAUGUGGGAAAGAAAUGCCCUGCGGCAGACACAAAUGUAACAAACCAUGUCACGAUGGUCCUUGUCCGAGCCCUUGCAGACAACCUUGCACCGUUUUGAGAAGUUUAUGUGGGCAUCCCUGUGGCAGACCAUGCCACGACCCUCCAUGCCCAGAAAGCAGUUGUAAGCAAAAUGUACCAAUCACCUGUUUAUGCGGGGUCCAAAAAAGUACAAGACCUUGCAUAGAAGUAGCAGACGAAUUCAAGAACUUGCAGAUGGCACAGAUCAAAGAAAAAAUGGGUGUUUUAUCCGUUAGUCACGCUGUUGAUAUAUCGGACAUUCUUUAUGUUCCUAUGAAACCUUCUGUGCUCAAAAUUUUGGAAUGUACAGAAGAAUGUAAAGUUUUGGAGAGAAAUCGUAGACUAGCAAUAGGGUUGCAGAUACGGAAUCCAGACCUCAGCCAAAAGCUAACACCGAAGUACUCUGACUUCAUGAGACUGUGGGCUAAAAAAGACCCUCAUUUCUGUCAAAGAGUUCACGAUAAACUAACUGAGCUUGUACAGUUGGCCAAGAACAGCAAACAAAAAAGUCGAUCCUACUCCUUUGAGUCGAUGAAUAGAGACAAGCGUCAUUUUGUUCAUGACUAUUGUGAACAUUUUGGAGUGGAGAGUGCCGCAUAUGAUGCAGAACCGAACAGGAAUAUAGUAGCCACCGCAAUCAAGGAUAAAUCCUGGCUACCUAGCAUGGGCCUCCUAGAAGUAAUUCAAAGGGAAAAUGGACAAAGGAAGGUGCCAGGACCAAUGUCGGUGUCAAGUAAAGGUACCCCAAGUAAGCCUGAAACUGUGUCAUUGAAGUUGCCUAUCAGAGUACAAAGGGCUGGUACCCCUCCCAGUGAAGUUGAUAGUUACAAUCCACCUUUAUAGAACCGUAUAUUUUUACAUUUAUAUGCAAGUUUAUCUGUUAUUUUCAUUUAAUAAACAAAUAAAGUUUCAUUUGGUUCAA